AUGAAAGGCUUCACUGCUUUGGUCUUCAGUCUGGCAGCCAUGACUGCAUGGGUAGUCACUGCAGAUGCCAAGGAGUUAUCCAUCACCACUAUAAAGCAAGACCCAUACACCAUGAGCAGAGGCUCUGAGCUGGAGGGCUACUGCAUCGACCUGAUCUCUGAGCUGUCCAAGAAGCUGGGCUUCAGCUACAAACUGCACCUGGUGAGGGACAACCGCUACGGAGCCAUUGACUCCAGCAGCAGCUGGAAUGGUAUGAUUGGUGAGAUCAUCAGAGGGGAGGCUGACCUGGCUGUGGCCCCGCUGACCCUCACUGCGGUCAGAGAGCAGUUUGUGGACAUGACCACCCCCUUCAUGCAAACGGGAAUUGGCUUCAUCCUGCGCAAAGACUUGGCCUCUGAAGAUAGCACCUUCAGCCUGCUUUCACCCUUCUCCACCGACAUGUGGGUUGGCAUCCUCAUCGCAUUCCUGCUAACAGGUCUCUGUAUAUUCCUGGUGGGCAGGAUCAGUCCCACUGAAUGGUCUGAGCCGGACGUAGAGGAGCACAGUUUCACAUUGCUGCACAGCUUCUGGUACAUCACAGGAGCUCUCACCUUGCAAGGUGCCGGUCCUCAUCCUAAAGCCCUGUCUGGACGUCUAGUCAGUGCCAUCUGGUGGAUGUUUGCUUUAAUGCUGCUGGCCUGCUACUUAGGCAGCUUCAAAUCCAUGUUGCACUCCAACAACAAACAUGUCUCCAUCAAGAGCUUUGAAGACCUCGCUAACCAGGAUGUGAUCGAUUAUGGCACAGUCGAUGCUGGAUCAACCAUGCUUUUCUUUAAGAAUUCCAACAACCCAAUUUACCGGCGUAUCUACCAGAACAUGGAGCGUAAGAAGAGCUAUGUGUACAGCAUGGAGGAAGGCAUUCGCCGCACCCAGGAGGGAAACUUUGCUUUCAUUGGUGAAGCAGUGUCCUUGGACCUGGCAGUGUCUCGCUACUGUAAAAUGACCCGAUCACAGGAAAUCAUUGCUAUGAGAGCCUACUCCAUCGCAGCUCCUCUGGGAUCACCGCUGGUCAAAAACCUAACCAUGGCCAUCCUACAGCUCAGUGAGUCCGGUGAGCUAACAUACCUGCGGGACAAGUGGUGGGCCAGCAGCUGCGUGGGUGCCAAUGGGGACCACACCUCCGAGGCCCUGCAGCCCCACGACCUGAGGGGCCUCUUCCUCUUCCUGGGCCUGGGACUGGGUGUCGGGCUACUGCUGGCCCUAAUGGAGCUCUUGUCCAGGGCCCGCAACCAAGCUAAGGAUGGCAAGAAAUCAUGCUGCUCGGUGUUGACAGCAGAGCUGAACCGGAGGUUUGGCAGUGGAGGGGAGAGCGCAGAGCAAGACAGCUCAGAAAAAAGCAAAGCCUAA